GCCGCUUCCGCGGGAAGCGCCGCCCCUGGCGCAUGGCGGCGCUUCGGUGUCCCUGAGCGGAGGGAGGGCAGCGGCGGCCGCCCGGGGCUGUGGCGGGCUCGGCUCCCCAUGGCGCUGAGCAGCCGCCUGCUGCUGGCGGCCGGCGGGCUCCGUGCAGCGGGUCUUCGUUUAGCAUCAACUACAGCCAGACUCAAAACUGAGACUGAAGUGGACACAAGUGAAAAUGAAGUUGUUGCCCCAAACUUCACGAACAGAAAUCCUCGGAACUUGGAGCAGAUGGCCCUGGCUAGGAAGGAGCGUGGCUGGAAGACAACAUGGCCAAAGCGUGAGUUCUGGCACAGAUUACGGCUUGAGCGGACACAGCAUUACGUAGAAGCCUUUGUCGAGCGCUCCAACGGGGAUGUUGUGGUAUCUGCCUCUACCCGAGAGUGGGCCAUAAAGAGACACUUGUACAGUCCCAAGGGAGUAGCCGCAUGCAAAAACCUUGGCCGCGUCAUGGCGCAGCGCUGUUUGGAAGCAGGAAUCAACUUUGUGAACUUCAAAGCCAUUAUCCCCUGGGAACGCCAUUGUGACUCGAUUCAGGAAUUUGAGAAAGCUGUGGAGGAGGGUGGUGUCGUUCUGCGUGAGCCACGAAGAAUCUACCGGUAAAAUGGAGACCAUUGGGAAGACUUUCCAAGGAAGAUCCUUCCAAGGAAGGAUCACUUCUUUAGGUUUUUGUACUGGCAGAGUGAAGGUCCAGAGCUGGAAAAAGUUGGAAGGUGUCAUCUUAUAAUAAAAUAUUUCCAAAUGGAUAGAA